AUGGCUUUGAAUAAUUUUAUGGAGAAGCACAUUCGUUCAGAGGCGACUGAUUUAAAAGGGACUCUCGCGGUUGCACAGGAAAAAGUAAAUCGCCAUUUAGAAAGUGUUCUUCAACAAACUCCAAGUCCUUCAAGACGUUUAAAAGAGGCGAUGACGUAUGGAGCUUUAAGUGGAGGCAAAAGGUUAAGAGCAUUUUUGGUCCUCCACAUUGGAGAAUUAUUAAAUCUACCAGAACGGGUACUUUUAGACUUGGCGGCCGCUGUGGAAUGUGUCCAUGCUUAUUCGCUUCUUCAUGAUGAUUUGCCGUGUAUGGAUGAUGCGCCUUUGCGGCGGGGGAGGCCCACGUGUCAUCGGGUUUUUGAUGAUGGCACAGCGCUUUUAGCUGGAAAUGCCUUGCUUACAAUUGCGUUUCAACUGAUUUCAAGACUCGAAGAUCAUCGAAUGUCAGGUCGUUGUUGCUAUUUGAUUUCUGCUUUGUGUGAAGCCGUUGGAAGCCAGGGAAUGAUGUCUGGACAAGUCCUGGACCUAACAGAAAAGGUAGGGGGCCUUUCUUUGGAAGAGACGCUUGUUAUAGAUGAUUUGAAAACAGGGGCUUUUUUUCGCUUUAUUUGUGUGGCUCCUGCAAUUUUAGUAGGCGCCUCAGAGGAUCUUUAUUUGGCGUUAGAAAAGUUUGGACGUCACUUUGGCCAUGCUUUUCAAUUGCAAGACGACUUGCUGGAUUUGGGAGACGCAGAAAAAGAUGGCAAAAUGGUUGGCCAAGAUAUGGAAAGAGGGUGUGUGACAACGGUUACCCUUUUAGGUCCUAAGAUUGUUCAAGAGCGUUUGACUGAAGAAGUUAAGAAGGGACUAAAGGCCCUCUCUUUUUUCCGGGAAAAAGGUUUUCUUUUAGAAGCAUUGAUCAAAUCUUUGUUAAGGAAGACAAGUUAG